AUGAUCUCUCGUAGACAAUUUUCAACUUCUGAAACUGGUGAAGUUAAAAACCAUGGUCUUAAAUAUCCGUUUCGACUUAACUUUUAUAACACUCCACCUAUAGAAGAAAUCACGACUGAAGAAUUCGAAACUUUCGCUCUAGAUAGGUUACAAAUCUUGAAAGCAAUCGAAGGUGCCAUGCUACGCAAUAAGAGUGAAAUGCAGAUCGCGGAUCAUAUACGCGACAUUUCAAAUCAGUAUCUUCCUUUACACUCAACUGAAAGUAGCAAGAAAUAUCCAUUAGAACAAGAACGACGCAAAGAUCAUAUAUCUCAUUUUAUUUUGAGACUAGCUUAUUGCAGAACUGAAGAAUUGCGUAAAUGGUUUAUCAAAUAUGAAUGUGCUUGGUUCAGAAUUCGAUUUAUUGAAGAAACUAAAGAAGAAAGACAAGCCUUCUUAAAUAAUGAGAAAUUAAAUUGGAAAGAUUUAACCAAAGAUGAAAUAGAAUCAAUGAAAAAUGAAUUAUCUCACGCAAAUCCUCACAUCAAGUUGGACCUGGAAACUUUUUUUAUUGUGGAUUUCGAACAAGUUCCAGAUCUUGUUUCACGACGCGCUGUAUAUAUAAAAGCUGGAAAAGCUUAUGUUCCAUUAUCUGAACAAGUUACUCUUGUCGUGGGAGAAUUUCGUAAAAGACUUUCUGCCGCUCUGGAUUUAGCAAAUAGGGCGUUUCCAAGUAUAGAUGAUGAAAGAAUUUUACCGCUUUUAAACAAUAUAAAUCUGCAAUAUUUUGGUAAAACUUAUGUUAAUAGUAAUAAUGUUACUGGUAAAGUAACUGCUGAUAAUUUGGUUGAACAUUUUCCAUUAUGUAUGCAACACUUGCAUCGAAAACUUCGUGAACUUCGUCAUCUCAAACAUUUUGGAAGAAUACAAUACAACCUCUUCCUAAAGGGAAUUGGUCUAUCUGUUGAAGAAGCUCUUAUCUUUUGGAGAAAAUCAUUCUCAAACAUUACUGAUGAUACAUUUCAGAAAGAAUAUGCCUACAAUAUUCGCCAUAACUUUGGUAUGGAAGGCAAACGUCAUGAUUAUACGCCAUUGAAUUGUAUGUCAAUAAUUAUGAACAAACAACCAGGUCCUGGUGAUCAACAUGGGUGUCCAUUUAAACAUUUUUCUGAAGAUAAUUUGAAAGCUUUUUUGGUACAAACUGGUCUAAGAAAGGAUGAAUAUUUGAAAGAAAUUCUUGACCUUGUCAGAGGCAGACAUUACCAAAUUGCUUGUACUAAAUAUUUUGAAAUUACAAAAUGUUUGGAAGAUUCGAAUAUUAAGGAUGGUGGUGAGAAACACUUGAUAGAAACUAUUACGCAUCCAAAUAAUUACUUUGAACAGAGUUUAAAACUUGCCAAAACUAAAAUCAUUAAUAAAAAUAAUAAUUAA